AUGCCACUAUCUCUUUAUAUGAAUAAACUACCAGGUUCCAAUAAGCGACAUAGCAUAAAACAACCUUCAGCUGGCUGCCUUGCCAUUGCAUUCGGCAGACAAAUCAUGCAGAUGCUACUCAUAAUGCUUGCCGCUACCAUUCCUAGAAGCUAUCCUCUUAACGCUAAGAGACGCCACCAUUGGGUUAGUAUUGUUGGGCUGUGUGCCGUGUUAGUGCUACUCGGAGGUGCCGGUGGCUCGAAUACAACUGACCGCUUGGACUUUGUGGACUCGAAUAAGAUGCUCAAGACCUUGCAAUGGCUUGGAUUUGCGUUUUAUGACACUAGCCAGACUAUAACGGUUCUACCAUACACCCCUAGCCGCUCAGACACUCCAAUUUUUGAUCAUAACCUUGUCUCACUGGCACCUAGGUAUAUAAUCGAUUAUCAGGGCCCCUGCGUUUACUUUCAGCUGCCAGAGUACCUCGAUGAGGAUGAGACCCGGGUCGCAUUGGUUGAGCUAGCAAAUAUUGCUGUUAUUAGAUCGCCACAUUCUUGCCGCAUUUGGGUUACUUCAGCUGAGCACACUUCAGCGCGUCUUCUACUGAACCUGCAAAUUAUAUCUCGCGUUAUCCAUAUGAUUGAUUGUGCCGUCCUGGUGCUAUGUUUUGAUUCUGGGCUGUCGGACAAGAAGUGCGUUGAUGUGUUUGGCUUGGCCACUGCCCGGAUAGAGGCUCUGAAAACCAUCUGCCAUGCCGACUACACAACACCGUGCCAAGUUCAAUUCUCGACUUCGCCCGGCAUUAAGCUUUUCAACCUGUCCUUCUAUGGCAUUGUUGUAUUACGGCCAAUUUCGCAUGUCAACUUGAGCGGCAGAGAAAUCAACCACACACACCUUCUCACCCAGAUUUCCUUAAUAGAGGACUACCUUCUCUCUUUUACAUGCCUGCCCAAAACAGCCAGCAUUGAUUUGGAGUUUCUGCAAAGACUCUCUGCUAAAUGUGGCCAGGUCAAUAUUUCAGGCUCGGCACAGACGAAACUUACUCUGGUCGGUCUCAUGGACGAGUCAGCGGUUCAGCUCCAGCUAGUUCUGGAAAUAACCUGGCAACUUCUGCAAUACCUGGGAAGGCACAACCCGGCUCUCAUUUUCAUCCAUACAAUUUUGGGUCUUAACAUCAACACCAGAUCUAUUCAACUGAUGCGCCAGGCUAUCCAGCAAGAAGUCACCCCCACACCCCGCAUCUUUGCAGCCAAGGCCAUUUUCAUGGUUGAUUUCAAUAUGCCGUGCGGCUCCUUAGACCUCUACCGCAACAUAUACACUCGAGAAGCCUGCACCAAAUACGGCAUGGCGGUUAAUGAAGUUCAGAUCAAGUACACUAACCCAAGGCUCGACCUGUUAGAGACUCUUAAAACGCUCUGGAACAUCAAAGCUUUGAUAAGAAUACCUAGCGAGGUCCAGGGCUUGGAUGUUAUCUGCGAUGGAGACUUUCUUAACGUUCCCGGCUGGAAAGUUAAAGAGUCGGUCCUUAUCCAGCUUAGCCUGGGUUAUUUAGACACUAAGCUCAGCAACUACAAAGCCCAAGGAUACCUAUGCUUUUGCCAAAACAUACGCUAUACAGUUAUAGAAAUUGAUGGUAUUGGGGUCCCAAGUGAAAGUCUACCCACUAAAUUCAUUGCUGUUCUAGCUCUUUUCCGCAACAUCACAGCCCAGAAGCUCAAAAUAUUGAAUCUUCGGGUUGCUGGGCAGUUUAGCACCAACCUUCAUCAAGCUAUUAUAAAGUUAAAGGCCGAUGACCAGUCCCAGUACCGGCUGGAGAUCCAAACCUUGGUGCUGGACAACGUUGAUGGGCAGGUUGUCUAUAGCCUCUUGAUGCUGUAUGCCUUUGUGGGGCCAACAGAAAUUCAUCUUCGAAAUCAACACUUCAGCAACCUGGCCAUUGCUCAGAUUCUCGCUCAUCCGCCAGCCCAGAAUAUCUCACAACUCUGGCUCAGCGACUUCCUUGAGCUAAAUGAGGUCAAAAACUGCCACCAACGCGAGAAAAUCAAAGGCUUCUCACUGUUCAGAUAUAUAAAGAACAAAACCAAAGAGGGGAUGAGAGUGGAAGAUCUUGGCCUGCACAAACUGUUCCUACGGGUGGACGGCACCGAUGUUAGCUUCUAUAGUGAACUCCUAUACGAACUUUGGAGUUUUGGAAUUCAAUUCCCAUGCAUGUCAUUCGAGACCUACCUCGCCAGCACAUCAACUCAUUCUAAGCGGCUUAUCUUUGUAGCCAGGGAAGAGUUUGUUUUGUACAACGUCAGCCUGUCUGCCAUAACAGCUGCUUUCAUCGAUAGUCAGGCCAUAAACCUAACCCAAGCGCAGUUGGAAUCUAUUCCGAGAAGAUCCGUUAAGUCGUUAGUGUUGUGUUUCAACUACAGCCACCCAUUAACUGAGCCCCAACUCGUAACCGUUCUUCGCUGGAUAGCCUACGAGUUCACAGACAUGAACUUUCUAAGGCUCAUUAAUAUCAAUAUGCCAAGCCACGUGCGGUGUACUAUUAAGUCGCGUAACUAUAUGGUUAUGGGUCUUGAGCAGCUUAAAGCCAUUAUAAUAGAGCCGACCAAACUAAACGAACCGCCCACUAAUGUGAAACUCCGACUAUAUGGCAGCUGCUUGCUAGCGAACGUCUCCAAUUAUCAGCACGAAAUCACGAUAGUAUCACGGAGAAUGUUGGCCCGGCUGGCUGCUAUGUCCGAUAAGCAACUCGACCGGAUUGCCCCCAAACACGCUGUUAUCAAUACACCACUUCAAAUGGUCAUAAAUGACUGCAAAAACAACAAGGAUAAGAUCUUCUGUCCAAUUUGCUACAAGUCCCUUUAUACUGCGCCGAAGAAACUAGACACAAACGCAAAAGAAGCAGACCCUGCACUGCCUGUGGCUGAAUUUAGUUCUGAUAACAACUUUGAACUCUUUUGCUAUUUCACAUGCGGGCAUGCGAUUUGUAAUGAAUGCGGAGUUCAGCUUCUGGUUCGAGAAGCCUCUACUUGUCCAUUAUGUCGACACGAGCUGGUGUAUAGGAGACUUCGCGAUAUUAGGGCUGUUUCCGCGUUCAACUUUGUCUUUGCAAGCGGCAGUACUAGCGUUCCUUUUACCAGUCUCGAAUGGCUUAAAAGAUUAACCUGGGGCGACAGCCAAAUCUAUUUCUACCCAAUUUAUCACGAUAAUCCCAUAGCAACCGACAACUUCGCGACUUACCUCACACAGUGCAUCCAUAUUGUUUAG